CCAUGAUGCUUCUCACCACCGCGAACGGAGGCGCCCGGAGCCAUGGCCGCGACUGCAGAAAACUCCUUGGCCUGCGGUUGCCCGACCAACAUCUUCUCCUCUGUGGAAGGGGUGGCCGAACGGAAGCUCUACAUCCUGUGCGCGCAGUUGGGCUCUCUCCUAGUCCUUGUCCGCCUUUGGCACAUGAUCCUCAGGCUCAUUCGCCUCCCUCAAUACAACGCAGAGAUCCUCGCUGCCACGGUCCUAGGUCCUUUCUUUCUGGGUCAGAUCAGCUGGGUGAAGGCAGCGCUCUUUUCCCCAGAGGGGGUGAACGCACUGGUAGGAUUUUCGUCCACUGGUGGCCUCCUGGUUGCGUUUCUCUGUGGUCUUGAGAUGGACCCGUCACUCAUCUGGAUCCAUGGCCAUCGAGCCUGGUUCAGCAUACUCGGUAUUGUGUCCCUUUCAGCCGCAUUUGGCACCGCCACAUCGAACACUUUAUACAACAUGAUUGACCCCAGGACCGACCGUGACAACUUCCGCUUUGUGCUGUCGCUCUUCUUCACCCUCACAGGUUCUCCGGCAUUGGUCCGACAGGCCACCGAGAUGAAGCUGGGCACGACCAAGGUUGGGCAGCUUGGCGUCUGGGUAGCAGUGCUCAACGAUAUCGCCUGCAUCACAGUGAUGGCGCUGAUGUCUGUGUUGCCUAUCCUCUCUGGGGCCUCAAAAAUGGACAACCCAUUGGAGCCCUUGAUAGCAGUGGCCUACCCGGUGCUGGCCUAUGUCUUGGUCGGCCCUUUGAUGUGCCAUGUGAUGAAAGACAGGAACAGCGACGCACAGAUGAUGGUGGUGAUGGGGAUCAUGUUGGCAUACACGGCCAUGGGGGAGGUCGUGGGAUACAACGGCAUGGUGGCGAGCUUCAUCUUAGGGAUUAUGGUGCCGAGGAAGGGGGGUGUGGCUACAUCGCUCUUGGACCGGCUCUACUACCCUGCGCGCUUCAUUUCUUUGCCUAUGUAUAUGUCAUUCACGACCAAUGUCUCAUGGGCAGGACCGAUAGAGCCGCUCGCAGUUUUGCCAGCAUUCAUUAUGGUGAUCUUGUCUACAACAGCAAAGCUGGCGAUAUCUUUGGCCAUGGCGUGGGUGUGCAAUACUCCACUUCACGACGGCCUCAUCUUAGGUUUCCUCCUCAAUGUUAGAUCCUUUCCAGACUUGAUAUUAUUCGUUACGACCGUGGAGCAAAAAAUGAUUGAUGUCCGGGUUUUGGAGGUUGUGAUGCUCAGCUCAUUCCUCAACUCGGUGAUUGCUCCCUUGGCUCUACUUGGCAUGGUAAGUGCCACCAAGAAGCCCAAUGUCAUGAUCUCCACACACUCAGGAAUGGAGGAGCAGGGCCCUGGGGCUGAGCUCCACCUGCUUGUGUGCCUCCAUAACGCCAUUGACGUGCCUUGCUCCAUCAACCUCAUUGAGUCGUUCCGUGGCCCCGAUGCCUGCUCCCUUUCUGUCAACACCAUGCACCUGAUCGAGUACAAUGAGCGCACCGCCGCACAGCUGCUGUACCGUCGGGACAUCACGCACAUGCUGGUUGGGGGUGAGUCGAAGCAGAUAAGCGAUGCAUUUGAGGCCUAUAGGAGCCAGGUGGCCAUCCCGAUGCGGCACAGCACGACUGUCUCCUUCUUCUUCAACAUGCAUGAGGACAUAUGCCGUAGUGCUGAGGAGGUGGAGGCCUCCAUGAUCGUUCUCCCCUAUCACAUGCUGUAUAGAGCUGACGGCAAGAUGCAGGUACGGAAUUCAGCAAUUAGGAAGCUCAAUCAGAGGGUGAUAAGCCAUGCACCAUGUCCAGUGGGUAUAAUCAUCAACCGGGGCCUCGGAGGCACCACGCUGUGGUCCGCUUCCGGCAUGUCCAAGAACCGCAAUGUGUUCGGGCUCUUUUUUGGAGGACCAAGUGAUUGCGAGGCCAUCACCCUAGGGGGAAGGCUGGCCGAGCAUCCCGACAUCAACUUUACACUGGUCCAUUUUCUGUGUUCAAGACAUAGGGAGCAGGCAAGUAGUCAAGUCUCGUCUAAAGCAGCGAUGGUUCAGAAAUCUAGUCCAAAAGUGAAUUCUUUCGCGGAGACCGACAAGCCACCAGACCAGAUGUUUCUGAAUAGCUUUAGAAGAAUGUAUGAGAAAAAUAGUAGAGUGUUCUAUGAGGAGAGGACAGUGAGAACGAAACAAAACCUGGUUGCAACACUGCAAGCUUUAGAUGCCGAGUGCACAUUGUUUAUCGUAGGCCAAGGACAGUCGUUAGCUGCUGCUGGGCUGAUGAGGUCGACAGAGUGCUCUGAGCUUGGUCCUGUAGGGGACCUGUUAGCUCACUCACUUUCUUCAAUUACUAGUUCAGUUUUGAUUGUAAUAAAAAGUCGCUCUCACAAGUCAUUUUUACUCUAGAGCUAGAGAAAAUAAUGCAUUUCUGUAAAUCUUCAAACUAGGCAAGUCGAACCAAAGCUCACCACAAUAGCUCGCCACGUGGUAGCUGUCCAUCCUAUAGUUACCGGGAGCGCCCAACUAAAGUCGCGCUCCUGCUCCGGCGGUCCGUGACUGGGAUCUCGGAACCCAUUUCAAGUUUUUGAGAGCUCGUUCCUAUUUAGUAUUGUCAUCCCAUUCAAUAUGGAGCUUGAUCCCACUAUGGAUUACAAUCCAACUUUCAUGUGCCCUCACUCAGUGUGUGUUAAAAUAGCAGUUAACAUAAUUCAAAAAGUUUGUAUAACCG